AUGGGAAGAAGAAACUUGAGAAGUUUGUUAAAAAUUCUUGAUGUUUCUCAAAAAGCUUCUGGCCAGGAAAUUAAUCUAGCAAAGAGUAAAUGCGUUGUGGGUGGUACAAGUAAUGCAAGAAAGAAUCUAUUGGCAGAAGACUGUGAAAUGAUAUUAUCUGAUUUUCCUGAUAAAUACUUGGGAGUAAUACUUGUUCCAGGAAUUAUUAGAGCUAAACAUGUAUGUAUGGGGGUGCGUAGAAAUGUUGCAAGAAAAUUUAGCAGCAUUCCAAUCUUCAAUAUGUCAGUCUAUAAGUGGCCAAAAAAAGUGCUAAAAGAUAGUGAAAAGAUUAUAAGAAACUUCUUGUGGUCUGGAGAUCCAUCAAUUAGGAAGAUAGUCACUUUGAAAUGGGAAAAGACUUGUGCUCCUCUAGCUGAAGGAAGACUGGGAAUCAAACAGUUAAAUAAGUCAAUGUUGAUGAAGAUGUGUUGGAAAAUUCAAAAUGGAAAUGAUGAAUGGUCUAAAUUCUUUCAAGGAAAAUUUCAAGACAAGAAUUGCAAUUGGAUUGAUUAUUACAAAAAAUCCUCAAUAUGGCCAGGAAUUAAGUGGGUUGUAGCUGAAGUUUUUGAGCACUCUAGAUGGCUUGUAGGAGAUGGAACUAAUAUUUCAGUUUGGAAUGAUAACUGGAUAAAAGAUAAACCUUUAAAAAAUAUCUUCCCUGAAAAUUCUACAAUGUUACAAAACCCAUCUAUGAAAGUGGCAGACUUAAUCAGAGAUGGAGAAUGGCAGAUUCCAGCAAAUUUUCUUGAAUUCUUUGCAACUUCAGAACUUCCAGUUAUAGACAACAAGGGAGAUAGGAGGAUAUGGAGUGCAACAACAUCUGGUAAGUUCUAUGUAGCUUCUGCUUCUAAUUGUAUAAGGAAAAAGUUUCAUCCAGUGAAUUGGGCUAAAACAGUGUGGCACAAAAACAUCCAUCCAAAUGUGUCUAGCAAUUUUAUAAAUCCAAAAUAUUUGGAAGAUAUUCUCAAACUGGCAAAUCACAAGAGUCCAGCAAUAAAAGAACUAUGGAGAGUGGUAGCUCUUGUAACCUUGAAAGAUAUAUGGUUCUUAAGAAACAGAACUGUUUAUGAAGAAGAACAACCAAAUCUGAAUGCUCUUAAACAGAGGAUUAUUCAUUUUACAAGAGAAUGUGAUGUUAGAAUGACAGGAAAUAUGUGGAACUCAUCUUAUGAUCUACAAGUUUUGAAAUUCUUUGAUUUGAAAUGUAAAAGAGUGAAGACAACAAGGAUAACUGAGAUUUACUUCCAUCUUCCUAAUCCUCCAUUUAUUCUCAUAUGUUGUGAUGGUGCAUCUAGGGGAAAUCCAGGUGAAGCAUGUUAUGGAUUUAUAUGCAGACUGGGGAAUAGAGAAUACAUGUAUGCUAUGUCCGGAGGUUUGGGUCUUGCCACAAAUUUUAUGACAGAAAUUUUUGCAAUACUAUAUGCUGGGGAAUGGGCAAUAAACAACAACUUCUUUAAAGUCUGUUUUCAAACAGAUUCUCAAGCAGCAAUUGCAGCAUUUCAGAAUGAAGAAGUACCAUGGUGGGCUUGUACAAGAUGGAACAGAAUUAAAAGUACUCUCCAAGACCAGUAUUUUAUUCAUGGCUACAGGGAAAUUAAUUUCUCAACCGACUUAAUGACAAAAAAAAGGAGCAGGUCUAACCAAGGGAGAAAAGAGAAGAUAUGA